AUGCAAGGAUGCUGGGCUCUCUCGCAGGACGCCGCUGGACGAGGACCGCAUUCAAAUGCCGCAGCAAUGCAACGACUGUCGAGGGACCCGAAAUCCAACAAUCCACCAUCUCACUUCACUGGGCGAAAUUAUUGCUGA